CCCCGUCACGUGGGCCCCAGAGCCGCUGCCGCGGGUGGGUCUGCUGGUGCUCGGCAGUUGGUCGGUGGCCGGUGGUGACCUGUACUGGGUUCCUGGCUCUCAGGGUCGGAGGUGGGAGGGACUCGCGAGCGGCCCGCACACCUGAGCCUCUCGGACCGGAGCCUCGGCCCCGCGUUCAGGCAAUGGAGAGCCAGCUGUGGAAUGUUUGGGAGCCCUGGAGUAAUGUACCAACGCUGUGGGACAUGCCUUGCCUGAAUUCGAGGAGGAUGGAUUUGGCUAGAGAGAGAUGCCUGAGAACUUGCUGAGUGGGAAUCUGACAGGAAGGAAACAUGAAAUUAGAGAUCGUGGGUGUGACUAAGAGAAGGAAGAAGAGACACGUGACCCUGGUUCCCCAGGCAGAGUAACAGGAGGAGGACACUAAGCAGGAAGAGGAAUCAUGGCUUCUGAUGCUAGUCAUGCACUGGAAGCCGCCCUGGAGCAGAUGGAUGGAAUCAUUGCAGGCACUAAAACAGGUGCCGAUAUUAGUGAUGGUACCUGUGAGCCUGGACUGUCUUCUCUGGCCUCCUACAAGAACCUCUUCCCAGUGCUUCAUCUCAUUGAGGACUUGAGACUGGCCCUGGAGAUGCUGGAUCUUCCUCAGGAGAGAGAGGCUCUCCUGAGUCAGGUCCCUGGCCCAACAGCUACCUACAUAAAGGAAUGGUUUGAAGACAGCUUGUCCCAGAUAAAUCACCAUGGUGCUGCUAGUAACGAAACCUACCAGGAACGCCUGGCACGUCUAGAAGGAGAUAAGGAGUCCCUCAUCUUACAGGUGAGCGUCCUCACAGACCAAGUGGAAGCCCAAGGAGAAAAAAUUCGGGACCUAGAAGUCUGUCUGGAAGGACACCAGGUGAAACUCAAUGCUGCCGAAGAAAUGCUCCAACAGGAGCUGCUAAGUCGAACAUCUCUUGAAACCCAGAAGCUCGAUCUAAUGACUGAAGUGUCUGAGCUGAAGCUCAAGCUGGUUGGUAUGGAGAAGGAACAGAGAGAGCAAGAAGAAAAGCAGAAAAAAGCAGAGUCGGUUCUGAAUGUGAUCAGUGAGCUGCAGGAACAGAUGUGUAGGCUGCAGCUGGACAUCCACAGGCAGAUUCAAGAGCGCCUGGUGCUCAAUAGGGACCACCCCAAUGAGGUGGCAGACAGUGACAGUGCAGCUGACCCUCAGCUCUGCAGCCAGGACUGUGCCCCUUGGGAGGGGUCACCUGAGUUACUCCAAGAGCUGAAACACCUCAAAAUCAAAGUGGAAGAGUUGGAAAAUGAACGGAAUCAGUAUGAGUGGAAGCUGAAGGCCACCAAGGCUGAGGUAGCCCAGCUGCAAGAGCAAGUGGCCCUGAAAGAUGCAGAGAUUGAGCGUCUGCACAGCCAGCUCUCUCGGACUGCAGCUCUCCACAGUGACCACACAGACAGAGAUCAAGAAAUUCAACGUCUGAAAAUGGGCAUGGAAACAUUGCUUGUUGCCAAUGAAGACAAGGACCGUCGGAUAGAAGAGCUCACGGGACUGUUGAACCAGUACCUAAGGGUGAAGGAGAUUGUUAUGGCAACUCAAGAGCCUUCCGAGAGAACUCUCUCAGUCAAUGAAGAAGAACUGGAGGGAAGGUUCAGAAAGUGGAACGCUGCAAAUAAAGGCCCUGAAGAAUUAUUAAAACAAGAGAUGCCUCCAAAAUGCAGCUCUCCCAAGGUGGGGCCUCCUCCUCUGCCACAGAAAUCACUGGAAACCAGGGCUCAGAAAAAGCUCUCCUGUAGUCUAGAAGACUUGAGAAGUGAAUCUGAGGAUAAGUGUGUCAAUGGGAACCAGCUCUCUCCUAUGGCAGAACCCAAGGACAGCCCUUUUCUGGUGGAGCAGAAAUAUCCGACAUUACCUGGGAAGCUUCCGGGAGCCACACCCAAUGGAGAAGCUGCCAAAUCUACUCCCACCGCCUCCCAGCCUGACCCCUCAGGGAGCAACCUGCUAAGGCUGAAUCAUGGCCGGAGUGUCAGUGCCCCUGUAUUAGGAGACACAGAAAGUGGUUGGGAAGAUACUACCAUGGCCAAUGACAUCUCAUCCACCUCAUCGGGUACUGAAUCCAGUCCCCAGUCUCCCCUGACACCAGAUGGUAAACGGAGCCCCAAAGGCAUCAAAAAAUUCUGGGGAAAAAUCCGAAGAACCCAGUCAGGAAAUUUCAACACUGAUGCACCAGGGAUGGUGGAGUUUCGACGAGGUGGGCUUCGGGCAACUGCAGGGCCAAGACUCUCAAGAAGCAGGGACUCCAAAGGACAAAAAUGUGAUGCCAAUGCCCCUUUUGCCCAGUGGAACACAGAGCGCAUAUGUACAUGGCUGGAGGACUUUGGACUGGCUCAGUACGUGAUCUUUGCCAGGCAGUGGGUGACAUCUGGCCACACAUUACUCACAGCUACUCCUCAAGACAUGGAAAAGGAGCUAGGAAUUAAGCACCCUCUCCACAGGAAGAAGCUGGUUUUAGCAGUAAAAGCCAUCAACACCAAGCAGGAGGAGAAGUCUGCACUGCUAGACCAUAUUUGGGUGACAAGGUGGCUUGAUGAUAUUGGUUUACCCCAAUACAAAGACCAAUUUCAUGAAUCCAGAGUUGAUGGACGAAUGCUGCAAUACCUAACUGUGAAUGAUCUACUCUUCUUAAAAGUCACCAGCCAACUGCAUCAUCUCAGCAUCAAAUGUGCCAUUCAUGUGCUGCAUGUCAACAAAUUCAAUCCCCACUGCCUGCAUCGGCGGCCAGCUGAUGAGAGUAACCUUUCUCCUUCAGAAGUUGUGCAAUGGUCCAACCACAGGGUGAUGGAAUGGCUACGAUCUGUGGACCUGGCAGAAUAUGCGCCCAACCUUCGAGGGAGUGGUGUCCAUGGUGGUCUUAUUAUCCUGGAGCCACGCUUUACUGGGGACACCUUGGCUAUGCUCCUCAAUAUCCCACCACAGAAGACACUUCUCCGGCGCCACCUCACCACCAAAUUCAACGCCCUGAUUGGUCCUGAGGCUGAACAGGAAAAGCGAGAUAAAAUGGCCUCACCAGCUUACACACCACUGACCACCACAGCCAAAGUCCGGCCUAGGAAACUAGGAUUUUCACAUUUUGGAAACAUGAGAAAAAAGAAAUUUGAUGAAUCGACAGACUACAUUUGCCCAAUGGAACCCAGUGAUGUCAUCAGUGACAGUCAAAGGAUCUACAGUGGCUACCGGGGCCUCAGUCCCCUUGAUACCCCUGAACUGGAUGGGCUGGAUCAGAUGACACCUUCGGAAGGCACUGUGACACAGAUAGGGCUCCUCUCCCAAGAUAUUCACCGUCUUACGACCCUGCUGAGCCAGGACCAGCUGCUGAACGACUCUCGCCUGACUGCCCCCGACUCUGAUGACUGGAGAUGACAUUCUUUGUGGCUGAGAGCCCAGAGAGGCACGUGUGAGGCCCUGUCUUUGUCUCAAAGGGGACCUGGCACACAGCCAUCACAGAGCCCAGACUGCAGAUGGGGCUGGCUGGGCAUCUUGGAAAUGGGUGCUGACUGGAGCAAAGCAGAGCAGUGCACGAGUGUCCAGGAGGUGGCCUCAGUGUCCCUAGGUUUUAGCCAUGCUGUGCUCUUCCCUGCAGCUUUCUACCUUUUGUACUUUUAUACAAAGACUGAAGACCGCUUUUGCAGGGAGAGCAGUGAGAUACCAGCACACAGGCUGCAUGGCUCAUGCUGUUCCUGAUGACAGCCGGGAGGCUCUUACACCAAAAGGGAAGAG